CUUCUACCUGUUCGGUGCGUAUUAUGACAACAGAACUACGGUAGAUGGACCGAUUGUGCGCGUUCUGGGAAUGAUGGACCGCGUCGUCCAGCAAGUCAGCAUCUUCUGCCAGUUUUGGCUCUUCGGACAAAACAAGCCUGUGUUUGCAAAGGUGUCUGGCCACACUUACAUAUGGACCACCUUUAGCCAUAUCACAUACAGAUUACUUCGCCCUUGUUUGCUAUCGUGCCAAAUGCCAUCUGACUAUGCACAUCAGGUGCCAGAGUCUGUGUCCCUCGUAGAGCAGCCGUGCGACACAGCCACAACAAACCUCAGGGUCGUUAACAAUCGUCCACCAGAAGGUCAGACCAAAGACUUUGCUGUGUGCGUCAAAGGCCUCGACAUUUAUCACGAAGACAAAAGCAUCUUCCUUGUCGAGUGGCUGGAGACACUCUACCUCCUGGGAGCUGAUAAGGUGUUCAUGUACGACCUGCAAGUGCACCCGAACACGGCCAAGGUCCUGAAGUACUAUCAGGAAACCGGUUUUGUGGACUUGACCAAACUCACAUUGCCCGGAGACCAGCCGAACAUCCCUGAACUCAGCCAUCACUAUCUUAAUACUAGAAUUCUAGAUAAACUUCUAAACGAACUCAUCCCUUACAACGACUGCCUCUACAGAAAUAUCUACAAUUACAAAUAUGUGGUUCUAUUAGAUAUAGAUGAGAUUAUCGUCCCAAAGAACCAUUCUUCUUGGAGAACUCUGAUGGAAGUUGUUGUCGAACAAGCUUUCAAGGAGAACCCGGUUCCGAGAACCUCCUUCGACGCACGCAACGUCUACUUCCUGGACUCCAUGAUAGAGAAACAUGGCUUCUUCAAUGACAUUCCGCAAUACAUGCAUAUCCUCCAACACGUGUAUCGAGCCAGGAACCACACCAAACCUCGUCACUCCGUCAAGUGUUUCCACGACACCCAGCUCGUCUUGACGCUUCACAACCACUAUCCCUCUUCGUGUCUGGGAAAGUGUCGGUACUACUCCAUCCCCACGGAAAUAGCGCAGCUGCAGCAUUACCGCAGUGAAUGCAUCGACUCACUGCGUCAGCUUUGCAAAAAUGAAUUCAGAAAAAAUACAGUGCUGGACACGGCCAUUUGGAAGUAUAAGGAGCCGUUGAUCGAGCGCGUCUCUGCUACCCUGAAGAUUCUCGGGUUCUUUGCCUCCAAUGAACUCGGUAGGGAAUGAAGAGGAAGUGUCUUUUUUAACAUUUUCCUAUCUAUCAGUCUUUGGAUUUUAAGCUGUUUUCCUUGCUUGGUGAUACUGCGCCUCCAGUGUAACCUUUAUUAUCAGCAUACUUCAUAUUCUUCUCAUGGUCAGUGCUCUUUCAACCCCUUAUUUAUCCAUCCUACUUUUGCUAAUGAAUUGAGUUGCGGACCUCGUUAGCAAAGUGCAAACAUCUGUCGUAUUCUGUAUUCAAACAUCUGUCGACUUCAUGCCAACCGGAGGACUUUGGAUAUUCUGUUCCGAAGUAAAUGUUUCUGUUAGUAGCAACACCACAAAAUGCUAAUCGCCAGCUAACAAGUCUUUUUUUAUGAUUCACUACGUAGUUGUCUCUACAUUAGAUGUGGUUUUAAUGCUCAAUAAUUACCAGAUUUUAGUUGUGUCAUGUAGUUUGUGAAAAUUUCUAGUAAAUCUGACCUAUGUAUAUUUAGUAUUUGUAUAAACCCUUGAUUAGGUGGUGGUAUUUAAGGUUGUGUAGUUAUAUAUGCAUUUUUUCUUUUUAAUAGUCGCUCAAAUAUAGUACAUGCACGUAACAUCCAUAAACAGAUAGUUGCUUAUAUGCGAU